GGCCCCACUUUCCUUCCGAUUACAGAGGAGUUGUUGAACAGUAUGCGGAUUGUAUGAAAGUCCUAGCUGAGAGACUUCUGGAGUUGAUCUCCAAGAGUCUAGGCCUGCCUUGUUCUUGCGUCAAAGAUGCAGUUGGGGAAUUGCAUCAAAACAUUACUUUCAGUUACUACCCUCCCUGCCCACAACCGGAGCUUACUCUUGGUUUGCAAUCACACUCAGAUAUGGGCGCCAUUACUCUUCUCAUCCAAGAUGAUGUUGCUGGGCUUCAAGUUCUUAGGGAUAGAAAUUGGAUAACUGUAAAUCCACUGUCUGAUGCUAUACUUGUGAUCUUGGCUGACCAAACUGAGAUCAUAACCAAUGGAGAGUACAGAAGUUCUAUACACCGUGCUGUAACAAAUGCUGAACGACCCCGGUUUUCAAUCGCAACAUUCCAUGACCCUGCAAAGACGAGAAAGGUUUCCCCUGCAUUUCAUCCACCGAAAUACCGGGAAGUGAUGUAUGGCGACUAUGUGUCAUCGUGGUACACAAAGGGUCCAGACGGAAAGCGGAAUCUUGAUGCCCUUGUUCUUUAACUGGUAAAUGUUUAUCUUCUUAUUAACUUCCAAAAUCUCAACCCUGCAGUGAAAGGCCUGUCAGUAAGCAAAGAACAAUGUUAGCAAAUUCAUUGUCAUGUUACAUGACAACUUGAAGUGGAUUAAGUUAGGAUACGUUUCCUUGUUCAUAGAUGUGUUUAUUUGCUUAUUAUGAGUGCCUCUAUGUCUAUAUCUGGAAAAUUAUACAUUGUAAACUUGUAUGGAGUAUCAGUUAAAGUUGGUAUUUGGCUCUUCAUUAUUUAC